GUUAACUUUUCACUGAACUAUGAAGACAUGUUUAUUUUCUGUUUUCUGAAAAGCAAAAAUUUUUAUUAAUUUUUAUUCUUAUGUAAAUUACAAUUACAAGUGAAUUAAAAAUUCAUGUGCUGACAGGCGAUUAUUAGCUCAGUAUUUAAUAUUUUGGUAAAAUAAUGGAAGUAAUCUGUCAACUCCAUGUUCUUUAUAUCAUAAGUUUUUGAUAAAAAGAAUAACAGAACAAUACUAUGUUCAGAAGGCUUUAUCGGAUGGUCAAUCUAAAUAAUUCAGUCUGAAAUUUCUUUUUGAAUAUGAAUACCAGCAGUCCUAUACAAAUCCACUUGGAUAAUGGUUCUUACAAGACAACUACACCAUCUGAAAUAUCUUCAGUUGAUUACAACUACAUCUUAGGAAUUGCUUAUGUGUUUGUUCAGACAACUAUAUGUUCAAUUGGAUUUAUAUUGAAUCUAGUCAAUUUCAGUGUAUUUAUAUGCAGGAAGUUUUCAGCUUCUGCUUAUAUCCUAAUGACGGUAUUAUCGCUUGCUGAUGCAAUAACCUUAGGAGUGAGAAUACCUCAAGGUUGCAUUUUCCUUCCACAUCUAAGUCAUCAUGCAACUGAUGCAGCUAUAUAUAUUUACAUGUACAGUAUAUAUGUGGAAACUCCAGUGUCAAACAUGACGGAAAAUAUCAGUGCAUGGUUAACUGUAGUACUCGCUAUUGAACGCUAUGUAAGUAUGAAACAUUGGUCCCUUUCCAAAAGAUACUUCACGCGCAGAAAUACACGUCAACUAAUCGGUGUUAUAUGUAUUGUAGCAUUCAUUUUUAACAUUCCAUAUUUUGCAAUUCAAACAGUAUCUUUAAAGCAAGUGAACGGUGUGUUAGAACUACGCAGUGACUUCACAGAAUUCUCACGGUCUACAUAUUAUGCGUUUUAUUCAUGGCUACGCAUUGUAUGCGUACAAAUUAUCCCUUUAUGUUUUCUAUGUUUAUCAAACUGUCUCCUAUUUAUUCUUGUAUCUCAACACAAUCGCCGAUUCUCGGGCAGACCAAAUAGCAAUGUGGAGAAUACACAAAAAAACUUGAGUGGAAAAAAUUUCAAAGGAAGGAACAUAAGUGAAAGUCAAAUUCAAGCAGACUUUGCAUCACAAGAUAGGUGUGUAGAUAGCUGCAAACUUUAUUCUAGUCAAAAGUCGCACAAAUCAUCAAGUCAGUCUUCUCCAUUGUCUGCAGAUGCUGAUGUGCAAACAUUAUCCACUAAAUCAAAUGAAAUCGAAUUAUCUUGCCGAAAUGAAAAUAAUAAUAAUAAUGAUAGUGUAAAAAGCAAAGAAAUAACAUCAAAACUUCGUUCAAAAAGACGACAAAACACUCAAUUAAAAUUAACAAUCCUACUGAUCGGAGUUAUUUUAUUGUUUUUAACUGGGCAGGUACCUCAAGCAUUAGCUUAUGUCAGAGUUUUCACUACACUAGGUGUAUGUUCAAUGGAACAGAUACAAACUUGUGUAGCAUAUCAGAUGUAUCGAAUGAUAACAAUUAACUUGGCUCAGUUUGCUUUUGCAUCAACAUUUUUCCUAUACUUAUUUCUCAACAGGGAUUUUCGUGAAACACUUAGGUAUACGUAUUGUCAUUUUUGCCCAUUUUGCCUUAAGCAAAAUGAUAGUGGACAACGUGCACCAAGAGAAACAAAUUACAUCAGUGAGCAAGCUUCUAAUUAUCACAAAAUUUAAAGUAAAAUAUCAGUUUCUUUUGUCAUAUUUUAUAUUUAACUAUACUAAAUUAUAUACUUGUAUAUUUUUUCUGUCAUUGUAAUUACUUUCAUUAAAAAUAUAUAUUAUGGUAGUAAACCAAGGGAAAAUGAGAUAAUUAAUCAAGACUGAAUUUAGUUACAUAUAUUGACAGUUUUCAAACUCCAAAGCGGUGAAAUCAAUCACCACUUAUUUUGUACAAAUAUAUUCAGAAAUAAAUCUAAUUGGA